CUCUAAAAUUUCGCCUUUGCCUGCAUCAAUCGCCCUGCGACGCCAUUGAACAUCAUCGCGAACUCUCCCCUCCUAUUUUGACAAUCAACACCACCAUACAUCACCCCGGACCACCACACAAAUCAUCAUCAUGGCGGAAGGCAGCGGAAUCGACCGUAAGGCUGAGGAGAGGAUGGAGUUUUCCACCUCCAAAGAAGUGACGGUUCACCCGACCUUCGAGUCGAUGUCUCUCAAGGAAAAUCUCUUGCGCGGCAUCUACGCUUAUGGCUACGAAUCCCCUUCGGCCGUCCAGUCCCGCGCCAUCGUCCAGGUCUGCAAGGGCCGCGACACCAUUGCCCAGGCCCAGUCCGGUACGGGUAAGACGGCGACCUUCUCGAUCAGCAUGCUCCAGGUUAUCGACACGGCGGUGCGCGAGACCCAGGCUCUCGUCCUCUCCCCGACCCGCGAACUCGCGACCCAGAUCCAGUCCGUCGUCAUGGCCCUCGGCGACUACAUGAACGUCCAAUGCCACGCCUGCAUUGGAGGCACCAACGUUGGCGAGGACAUCCGCAAGCUUGACUACGGCCAGCACAUCGUCUCGGGAACCCCGGGACGCGUCGCCGACAUGAUCCGCCGCCGUCACUUGCGCACGCGUCACAUCAAGAUGCUCGUCCUCGACGAGGCCGACGAGCUCCUCAACCGCGGAUUCCGUGAGCAGAUCUACGACGUUUACCGAUACCUGCCGCCCGCGACGCAGGUCGUCGUCGUCAGCGCCACGCUGCCGUACGACGUGCUCGAUAUGACCACCAAGUUCAUGACGGAUCCUGUGCGCAUCCUCGUCAAGCGUGACGAACUGACGCUCGAGGGACUCAAGCAAUACUUCAUCGCCGUCGAGAAGGAGGACUGGAAGUUCGAUACCCUGUGCGAUCUCUACGACACCCUGACCAUCACGCAGGCCGUCAUCUUCUGCAACACGCGGAGGAAGGUCGACUGGCUGACGGACAAGAUGCGCGAGGCCAACUUCACCGUCAGCAGCAUGCACGGCGACAUGCCGCAGAAGGAGCGUGACAGCAUUAUGCAGGAUUUCCGCCAGGGCAACAGCCGUGUGCUCAUCUCGACCGAUGUGUGGGCGCGCGGUAUCGAUGUGCAGCAGGUCAGUCUGGUCAUCAACUACGACCUGCCGAGCAACCGUGAAAACUAUAUCCACCGUAUCGGCCGAAGCGGUCGCUUUGGACGCAAGGGUGUCGCCAUCAACUUCGUUACCAGCGAGGAUGUUCGUAUCCUGCGCGACAUUGAGUUGUACUACUCGACCCAGAUCGAUGAGAUGCCCAUGAACGUGGCCGAUCUCAUCUCUUAAGCUUGUGGCUGAGAUGAACUCAACAAGUUUCUGAUACCCUCGCUUCAGCAGAAGCCGAGGGUCAUGACGAAAAGGCUGACGAGAAGGCCGUCAAGCCAUGAAGAAGCGGAGGAAGGGGGCUCGAGUUGGAAGCAGAUGCAAACAAGAUUGUCAACCAAAACCAAAACUCACAACUUCACGAGUGACCGGCAGGCGUCAAAACGAACAACUGGAUCGUUGAUUUCUGGGCGCAAAAUGUCAUUAUUCGUAGUACUAUGAACAGCUGCACUUUGCGCUGAAUGGGUAUACAAACGCAUGAUACCCUCCAUCGCCCCUUUUGCCGCUCCCAACGCCAUGCAAGCACACAUUCCCUGGUAAUC